AACACAAUUAAAGACCGCCAGGAGGAUUUAUUCUUUAUUCAGCUUCACAGGAGCAGCUUUCUCAGCACAUUUUACAAAGACAACAGAUAUUAACAACAGAAAUGUCUGUGAAUUAUGCUGCCGGGCUCUCACCGUAUGCAGACAAAGGAGUCUGCGGACUCCCAGAGGAGUUCGACAGUCCUGAGGAGCUGAGGGUGAAGGCGGAGAUGCUCGCUCAGUUGAUAAAAGAAUCGGAGUACUUUGUCGUCCACUCUGGAGCAGGAAUCAGCACCUCAGCCGGCAUCCCUGACUUCAGGGGUCCGAAGGGUGUGUGGACGUUAGAAGAAAAGGGUGAGUCACCCCACUUUGACACCACAUUUGAAGAUGCCCGACCAAGUCUGACUCACAUGGCCCUCUUGGGACUGCAGAGGGCCGGCUACCUCAAGUAUCUCAUCAGCCAGAACGUGGAUGGCCUACAUGUGCGAUCAGGCUUCCCCAGGGAUCUGUUGUCAGAGCUUCAUGGAAACAUGUUUGUGGAGGAGUGUGAGAAGUGUGGCAGGCAGUACGUCAGAGAGAAAGUGAUCGGUGUGAUGGGACUGAAACCGACAGGGCGUUACUGUGAUGUGGUGCGAUCCAGAGGACUCAGAGCCUGCAGAGGGAAGCUGAUAAGCACCAUACUGGACUGGGAGGAUGCUCUUCCUGACAAAGACCUGAACAAAGCAGACGAUGCCAGCAGACGAGCAGACCUGGCACUGACGCUCGGCACCUCUAUGCAGAUCAAGCCCAGUGGAGACCUGCCACUUCUCACCAAGCGCAAAGGGGGAAAAUUGGCCAUUGUCAACCUCCAGCCCACAAAACACGACAAGCAUGCACACCUGCGUAUCCAUAGUUACGUAGAUGACGUCAUGAAACAGGUAAUGGAACUGCUGGGAUUGGAAAUCCCGAAGUGGGAGGGUCCUAUCGUCUGCGAGAGCUCCAAAUCCAACUCUGAGUCCACCACCGAUGUCAAACCGCUGCGUGCAGUUAAAGCAGAGAAAAAGGUGAAAAAGGACGUGAUUAAGGAGGAGAGGAAAAGGGACACAACGGCACUGACAGACAAUGGGAGUGUUAAGGAGGAGGCGAUCCCGGUAAAGAGGGAGAGAGCGGACUCCCCAGGGGAGACAAAUGAAGAAAACUAGCCUCAGGUAUUUUUACUCACAACACAAACUCGUCCAAAAAAACAAACUUUACAACUGAGGGUUCUCGAUUUAAUCAGUUUCAGAGGACAGGUUUUUCUCAUCUCAUGCCCUCUGCAGCAAACGCCCUUCAGGUACUGUAGUGGUUUUGUUAAUCCCAGAUGUUUGACACACUCCUAACAGCCGAGAUGAACAGCAGAGUGAAACUGACUCAGCAAGCAUUAAGCAGAAUCAGCUAAGUCAUUGUGUCCAGUAUAAGACCGUGGCUCUACACGGGGUGGAUGUUUGACUUAAAGUGGGUUUUUUUCCAUAUUUUUAGUCAUCAACUUGCUAAAAAGUACAUUCACAAAUACGCAGCCUGGGAUGUAAAAGUUCCACCUGCUACAGUGUGGACGUAGAAAGUGGUAACUUUGCAUAUUAUCCAAUUUGGGGCUUUAACUUACUCAGAGAACCAGUCUUUAAAGGGCAGCUCCAUCACUUUUGUUUGUUCUUUCAGAGUUUUUUUUGUAAUUAUGUAGCUUCCUGGUUGUGUUUCUUACAUAUUCAAAUCCAAAAAUUCAGAUUUUGGUCAAACUAUGACUGUUCAAGAUGAUAUUUUCCCAAGACCUACUAAAAACUUUUUCCCACCUGACCUGACUUAGGUUUCUACAUGGCGACACUGCUACAUGUAAACUGACCGAGCCAAGUGAUCUUUGGCUACAUUCAAACUGCAGGCAAGAGUGGCCCAAAAAGUUGUCUGAUUCAUAUUUUAUUUUAUUCUAUUUCUUUCAGAUAUGUGACUCAGACGUUUUUUUUAUUCGAGAAAGUGUGGACAGCACAAACAACAUGGAAUCUGAUCUUUUCAAUAAUGUUUUUCACCACUUUCAUAUGUGGUCCUAAAUCAGAUACGGGUCUGUUUUGGUUUUUUUUUUUUAAAAUACAACCUCAGUCUGAACAUUCAUAUCAAAAUUCACAUGACUCUUAUUUCACCUGAACUUGCGUGUCCUUUCUUGCUGCGAGAGUCUUCUUGAGAGGUGCUGAUAAAUUUAGCUUAAAAUAGUCCUUGACAUUCUUAAAUUUUAGCUUCUGUUUCAGUGAAGCUUUUCGCAUCAGAAGCCCAUCUCUCCUGGCUCAAACUCUGCAUCCACACACAUCUCCGUACACACGUGACAGUCAUAUGCUCCACAAAAUACUUGUCUCUCUUUCUCCUCAUCUUGUUAUAAUCUCUUUAUGAAUUCGCUGGCUAUCCCUGCACAUCAGCGUCUAAAUGAAACCAUAACUUUGACUUCAAUGGCCUCCAUAUUUACUUCCAUACAGCAGUAUGCUGUGUGUGAGGUCUUUGUUAUUAUUCUUUUGCUCACGUGGGUCAGUUAUGGAUUAUGACCAGUUCACACUAGAAUCUGAUAUUUGCCACAAAAAAAGGAUUUUAGCAAUAAACUGAAACUGAGCAAUACGGCUUGCAGUGUUAACAAAGGCCUUGAGAGUUGUCUGUUAUUAAUCAUAUGCUCCAGUUUGUGAGCAGCAGGUGGGAGUAUUGGGGCGCUGAUGCUAAUCAGUGUACCGCUGUGGAUGUUAUUUCGGUUGAUUUAGUUUGAACUAAACAGCUCAGGCAGUGGUAUACAAGAAACUCGCGCGUACUGCAAAGUAAAAUCACUGCAUUUGUCAAAGGAGUCUCCUUCUGAAGAAAGUAUAGAUACGUUUCAAUUCAGUUCCCUGCAGGAGAGGCUGUCUGGUAGCAGGGUAAAGCAGCAGAAAUAUUCUAGAUAUAACAUACACUUAAACUGAUGUAUAUAUUCUUUUAGACGUUUCUUUGUUAAAACCGGUAAUUUGACCUCACUGGGAGAACUGGGAUUGUGCAGACUGCCAUCUACUCUUGGUAAUACACAGUAAUGGUAAUACAGUAUGGAUUUAUAAAUGUGUUAAAAUACAACAUAAUUAAUAAAUAUUAGUUGAAAUAUACAAUUUAAAUGAGGUAUUAUGUUAUAUUGAAUCUUCAUGUGUUGUCACCUAGUUAAGUAAUGAUUUAACAUUAAUAAAAUAGCACCAUCUUUCA